AUGGAAGAGGACGGAUCGAUCCCCCUUCGUCACAUUCCGCCGCACGGACAACCGAGCCCUCCCCAGCCUCUCGAAAGCUGCAAUACCGAUGACCUCCCGCAAAACACGUCGCCGCAAGAAAGCGAACCAUGUGCUGAAGGCCAUGCCCUUGAGAGUGUGGCUAUUGAGUUAUACGCCGAGACCCUCCUAAGCCGAGCACAUUUGCUCCUUGUCAACUCCACGAAUGACGAUGUCGAUACCCAAGAAGAUCCUUUCGAUCGAAGCAGAGAAGCUUUGGUAGAGGCCGAAUCAUUGUGUUUUGCUGGUCAGCAUCCAGUGAGCGACGCACUAGUCGCAAAAUGCUGGUAUAUCAGGGGCUGUCUUGCCGAUGUUUGUGGGGACGACGAAAAUGCAUCGAGAUGUUUCAUAGAGACAACAAACCUUGAUGAGAGUUACAAAAGCCUCGAGAGGGUGAAAUGGUACCUUCAGCGCCAACAUGAUCUUGAAGACGUGUUUGGUAGAUGGAGUGGCUCAAAGGAUCUGGUCUUGAGCCCGAUUGGCGGGUAUCACCUGGGUGGCCUCGAUUCAGAAAACGAGUCAUCGUUGAUUACGCCGUCUCCCAGUCCGAGCAUGUCAGACUUCCGACAAAGUGAGCUGUACCAGUUCCUCAUGUACGAUAUAAAGCAUAAAACCGUCAAGGAAAGCCGGCCCUCGGCAGACGACCUGUCUCCAGUUUCCCCAUUACACCAGCCGCAUCACCUGCCGCCCAUUGCCACGCCGCAAAAAGCCCCUUCGACGGAUAAGGUCGACCAACUGGUCCAAAAGAAAAUCCACAGUCCGGGCGGUCGAAAGCGGGCGUCCCCGAAAACCCGCGAGGCAUUGAAAGGGUCCGAGAACUCUCCAGUGAGAGACCUUUUCCUUCUGCAGGUCGAGGAAUGUCAGAAGAAAGCGAUGGUGGCAGAGGAGGAGCGGAGGCGUCAGAUCCGAGAAGACAGGACACGGCAAUCUGUAGCUCAUUCUCGGCGUCUUUCAGGUGGAGAGGCUCUUCUAUCCGAUGGCCUCAGUAUUGCUGGGCUCGACACCACGACUGCGCCGGCGGAAAACGGUGCCGCGUUAACUGGCAAGCUGACGAUCAACACUCGAGGAAUAAGACGACAGUCAAUAUCGUCAAAGUCAAGCGACCGCUCGCCAGCUCUACCCAGUCCGUUGAGGAAAGCCUCUUUGCCAGGCGAUGCACAAGUCGCCGCUGAAGGGCGUGAAUCAGAGGUUGCCAAAUAG